ACAGCCCCAAGCAGCUGCUGCAGGCGACGGCGACCCCCGGCGACAACAGCAGCACCUCCUCCUAUCAGCAGCAAUACGCAUCUCAAUUGAAUGCCGCAUCGGGCGGCGGCUAUCUCAACGGUAGCAACAGCAGCAGCAGCAUCGGUGGCAACACGAGUGCAACGGCCAUCGGCAGCAGCAGCAGCAGCAGCAGCUACGGCUAUAGCUGGCACAGCAGUCAGACAUUUCACACCAAAUACCAAAUACACCCGCCAUCCGCAGCAGCAGCCAGUGCUGCGUCCGCCACUGCCACGCCCACAGCUCAACAUGGCGUUGCUCAAUUGCAACAACUGUGCCCCCCGGCGGCACCCAGCACUCCCUCUGCCACAUCCUCCUCAGCCUCCUCGUCAUCGGCCUCGUCGUCGACGCGCCACAUGUUCGUGCCACCCCUGACGCCGCCCAGCUCCGAUCCGGGCAGCCCCUCAGCGGCCGCCGCUGCCGCUCAGAGACGCACCACCCCGCCACCGCCCUACCAGCAAGGUCACGGGCUCCUGGGACUCCCACAGCCGCCGCAGCUGCAGCUGCUGGGAGUAGGCGGUGGCUCCUCGAUAACGCUCACCACCCUCACAGCCUCCGCCUCAGCGUCCGCGCAACUGCAGCUGCCCCAGCAGCAGCCCUCCCCCGUGGCACCUGCGGUCCCACCGCCGCGAUCGGGUGGCUCCUCCGGCGGCAGGAGGGGCCGGCAUGCGCACCAUCAGCCCGGCACGGCGGCGCACAUUGCCAGCCUCAUGAGCGUCCGGACAGUGCGCUACAAUCGCCGGAACAAUCCGGAGCUGGAGAAGCGUCGCAUCCAUCACUGUGAUUUCGUGGGUUGCUCCAAGGUUUACACAAAAAGCUCGCAUUUGAAGGCCCAUCAGAGGAUACACACGGGUGAAAAGCCCUACACCUGCCAGUGGCCCGAGUGCGAGUGGCGGUUCGCCCGUUCCGAUGAGCUGACGCGGCACUACCGCAAGCACACGGGCGCCAAGCCCUUCAAGUGCAUCGUCUGCGAGCGGAGUUUUGCGCGUAGCGAUCAUUUGGCGUUGCACAUGAAGCGGCAUCAGCCCAAGAACAAAUGAGAGCGGAAGAAGGUCCCCCCGGGAGGCGGCGGUGGACCAGCAGCAGAGCAACAAACACAGCAGCAACAACAGCAGCAACAACAGCAACAGCAACAGCAACAACAACAACAACAACAAAAUCAACUAUACCACAAUCCAAAGGACUUUAGUUUAGAUAUGACAUGAAUUCGGUUUAGUUGAAAGGUUAACUACUACAUGGUACUACACUCUAGGCAUCUAGGCAUCCAGGCAUCCAGGCAUCUAGGAAUCGCUGGCAAGAACUCAAACUAACUCAAAAAUCUAUAACUAGCUUAAGUACUAGUGAAAUUACUGUUACCAUCCUGCUUCAACAUUCAACAAACAACAAACAACAACAAAAACCUACUCUUAAGCAUCGCUAAUCCCCCUACC